AUGUCUAAUAAUACUAAUCAUUUAAAUGAAAUCAUUAUAUCUAUGGCAAAAAAACGAGGUUUAAAUAAAACAUUUUGUCCAUCAGAAAUUGCUCGACAAUUAGCAUUAAAAGAAAAUCAUUGGCGUUCAUUAAUAGAAUCUGUUCGAUUAGCUGCUACUGAGCUUAUUGAUAAAGGUCAAUUAGUAUGCAAACAACAUGGUGAAAUAGUUGAUAUUCGAACAGCAAAAGGACCUAUUCGAUUACAAAUAGCUUCUGAUUGA